AUGAUCUCCAAUAAUAACAAGAACAAUGAGGAUGGUGAGUCUUGGAGAGAUUAUUUGAGAAAGGGGCCUUGGACGCCGAGAGAGGACGCCAUACUUAUCGAGCAGGUAAAGAAGUGGGGCAAAGGUAAUUGGAGUUUAAUUCGAAAGAAUUCUGAGUUGAGGAGAAGUGGCAAAAGUUGUAGGCUUAGAUGGUCGAACCAUCUAAAUCCUGACUUGAAGAAGGGUCCUUUCUCUGAAGAAGAGGAGAAAACCAUUGAUGAUCUUCAUGCUAAGUUUGGAAACAAAUGGGCUCUAAUGGCUACCCAGGUUUCUGGAAGAUCAGACAAUAACAUCAAAAACUUUUGGAACUCAAGAAUGAAGAAGCGCCUAAGAGAAUAUCCUCCACAAAUAACGGUUCAACAAGCACAACACUUUUCUUCAUCACCAUUUUAUUCGGUCUUAGCUUCAUGUUACCCUAAAAAUAAUCUCAGUGUUGAACUACCUUCAAACAUUUCUGCUGCCAAUCCUCCACCAAAUCAUAAUCAGAAACAACCUAAUCAAAAUGAUUCUUCUUCUUCUUCUUCUUCUUUCUCUUGCACCAAUAAUAAUGCAAGUUUUGUAUUGCCAUUAAUUCCUGUGUCUCCCUAUUGUAAGAGUAGUGGUUUAUUGAAUGAUGUGGUGAUGGAGGGUAAUGCUCUUUGUCGCAAGGGAAAGUCAAAGAUGGAUGCAACCAUUGUUAUUGGUAGGGAGGAAGAAGAAUUAGCUGAUAAGAGAAAAAUUAUUGAAGAGCCACCAUUGCCACCAGUUGGAACCAGUAAAGAGGAAGAAACAGCCACCAUUAUUGCAACUCAAAGCUCUUCUCAUCAAUUGAUUUCAACAGAGAAGAAUGAUAAUGGAGGUUGUAACAAUAACAAGGAGGCAUUGAAUAAUUCUAUGCCACAAAUGGACGAUGAAUUGCUUAGCAUACUUAAAAAUUGUCCAAUAUAUUCGCCAAUGCGAAAGUGGUACAAAGUUGAUGAUGAUGAGGACUCCCUGAUGAUGAUGAUGGAGAUUUGA